AAGCCGCGUCUUGCAUCGAGUUCCGUACCAGAACGGCGCCGGGGCGCUCGCCCGGGCCUCCGCUCGGCCGUACGCGUCGGGGCGGCCUCCUUCGCGGGAGCGACCCCUCGCGAGCGCGGCUCGCGGGGGGCCCCUCGCACGCCCCGCGGCCGCUCCCGCGGGCAGCCGCUCCCUGGGAGCAUGGCCCGCCUCGUGGGCGGCCUGCUGCUGCCCCUGCUCUGCGCCCGCGCCCGGGCGGCCGCCGAGCCCCUGCGCUACCGGGUCGACGCCUCCGCCGAGGGCUGCACCGGGCUCUUCUGGCGCACCUGGUCGGAGGCGGAGGCGAGGUACGUCACGGUCAGGUCGCCGGACGGCCCGCCGUGGCCCCGCAACGGGGAGACCGUGCAGGGGGCCCCGUCGGAGCGCGACGCGCGCUUCCUGCUGGUGGCCGGCGGCCUGGCCCUGCCCUUCGGGGACGCGGAGGGGCGCUACACCUACCUGCACGAGGUCUCCGACGAGCGCGGCGUCGGGGCCGCGCCCGCCUUCCUGGCGCCCGUGCGCGGCGAGGCGCCCAGCGGCGCGGGCCAGUCGUAGGCCCGCGCCCAGGCGGCGCCGUCCGCGCGGCCCCGCCGCGGCCGGCGUCCCGGGGCGAGCCAGGCCCAGACGUCGGGCGUCUCGGCAAACGCGGGCCCCCACGCCGGGCCUCGGGGCCUCAAAGAACGAGGCGGGGUGACAAGCCGGUCCUGGGGCAGCGGUCGGGCCACACUGUCGAUACCGCGCUCUCCUGUGGCUCUGGAGCGCUCCUGCUCGCAGCGCACACCGCCAGAGGCGGCGGAGAGCUCGAGAGAUCCAUCCACCAAAAAAAGGGCCCGCGCCUUGGAAAAAUCGAGGCGUCGGAUGUCUGGGGGGGGACCACGACGAAGCGUGCGGCAGCGCCCUCGGCCAGCCAGAGGCGCAGGGGGGUGACGGCGCCAGGCGCGCGCGCCUCGCACAAUGCUCGUGCCCUCGGGGGGCUGCCGCCAUGCUCUCCUGUCGCCGC